ACAUUUGGAGACGUUCUUAGAAUAAAUCUAGUGUUAACAAUUGGAAAAUAUUGCAAUAGACUAUUGCUAAUUCAACCAAUGGAAAUUGUUGUGGCAUUCUAGAUAAGUCGGGGCGCAGUGCUUUUGCUUAUUAAUCUCGUCUCAUGCCAAUCAUACGUGGAAGCAUUUUGAGGACUGCAUCUGUGAUAUUUGUCAAAAUCUUGGAAGUGAAGUGUGAGUGACAGUUGUCUCAAUAAAACUGAAAUGUAGAAGUGAAGAAGUGAAGAAGUAAAGAAAUGAAAAAGUGAAGAAGUGAAGAAGUGAAGAGGUGAAGAAGUGAAGAAGUGAAGAAGUGAAGAAGUGAAGAAGUGAAGAAGUGAAGAAGUGAAGAAGUGAAGAAGUGAAGAAGUGAAGAAGUGAAGAAGUGAAGAAGUGAAGAAGUGAAGAAGUGAAGAAGUGAAGUAGUGAAGAAGUGAAGAAAUAAAGAAGUGAAGAAGUGAAGAAGUGAAGUAGUGAAGAAGAAGCUAAGACCAUACAAACGUAGGGAAACAGUGAUGAACUAUUAAAAAGGUGAAGAUCAAGACGAAGUUGAAGGAAGGUUAAACAUAUGUGAAUGUGAAAGUUUGCGACAAAAAGUUUUACCGGGCAGAGCUAUGUUGUGCACAUAAGUAAAAGAUAAAAGUACAAUUUCUUAAUUAAGACCUAAUGAAGAUUUGCAAAAGACGAAAUUUCUAAUCAUUGGAAACGAUUUUAAACUGAUUUUUGCAAGCUGAAGUGAUUGUUACAAAACUUUUCUGAUUUAGAGGCUCUAACAGAAGACAAUAAACUCCCAGAGAAAAGCAAAUUGAAAUGGAAAUUUGAUUUUUACUGGUUUUUUUAACUUAAGCUGAAAAGGAGCAAAACAUGACGACUUCAGACCAAACCUUCAUAGUUUUUGCAUGUCUUGCAUUGGUGGCAUUUGCAAACGGUAUUACAAGGUUGCCUUGUAAAACCCACGGCGAUUUCAGCAUCAUUCUUGAUGAUAUAAAGGACGCAGGGCCUGUCGGGAAGACAGUGACGUCAGCAACCAGAAGAGCCUGCGCUCUAGAAUGUCUCUCGUGGCCAAGCUGCAAGUCCCUCAACUUCAAGAAAGAAACAAAUUCAUGCGAUUUGCUUGAAAGAAAUUUGACGGAGAGUGGAAUAAAUUUGAUGCAAGACAUUGGCUCUGUUUACAUGACAACAGAAGAAGACCAAAUGAACCAAGGUCCAAUCUGCAAAGCAUUCAUGCCAUGCCAGAACGGUGGCACAUGCCAAGAUGCAUGCAACAGUAAAGGAUACACGUGCACAUGUGUCCCGCUUUACACUGGGUACCACUGCGAGAACAUUAAAGUAAAUUCUACAGUAUUUCAACGACGAGUUUCGGCUGACGUCGAUUUCUACCGCGAUUGGGCUUCAUAUAAAGUCGGAUUUGGUGAUCCAUCAGGGAGUUUCUGGCUUGGCUUGGACAAAUUACACCAGUUGGCAAAGCCUGGCGCAGGCGCAAAGCUCCGCAUCGACUUGAAAGUUAGGACUGGUGAGAGCUAUUACGCAGAGUACAGUAAAUUCGAAGUCGAAAAUGAGGCCGCUGGUUAUCGAAUGACUGUUUCUGGAUUCACUGGUAAUGUACAUGACGCAAUGGCAUAUCAUAGUGGGAGCAAAUGGACCACUUACGACAGAGACAACGACUUGAGAUCCAGUUCCAAUUGUGGCGCUUACUUUAAAGGUGCUUGGUGGUACUAUAAUUGCUAUCAAGCAAACUUGAAUGGAAUUUUUUUAAGACCAGGAGAGGUAGAGUCUAAUACAAAUUGCAGAUGGUAUGAUAUUAAAGAUAUAACAUUUAGCGAAAUGAAAGUCAUAUGAGGAAAGCUGAAAGGGGAGACUUGGUUCAGCGAGAUGAAAGCCAAGGUUAAAUAAAUUUUAUUUGACUAAAAUUCUCGUUUGUUUUUCCAGAAUGCGAGGUAGGAGGCAUUGCUUUCUCCUCAGAGACCUUGGCAGUGAAAAUAUAACGAAUUUUUGAUUGCACUAGGGAUAACUUUCUUGAUUUGGUAAUUUAAGCAAAUAAGCUUUCAAUUUUAAACAGAAUUUGCGAUUGCUUUUUGGAAAACCCACUUAUAGCCACAACUGUGCAAUUAGGAAAAUAACCUGGCUAAAAGAUAACGUCAAAAAUAUAUCGAUAGAUUCGGAAUUUCGACCGAAUGUACUCCAACGUUUAAAGCUACUAGCCUCGCUUACAGAAAAUGUCAUGUGAAUAUUAGAGGCGGGAAGGAAGGACGCGAGAGAUGUGCCUAGUGGGGUAUUCAUAUGUUUUUAGGGGUAAGGUGCUCAGGCUGGGGUACAAAAUCAUCAACCCUAGAAAAUAAUUUUAGAAAGUGGUUUAGAUUUUCCAGUAAUCAUCCAAAUUUUCAACUACUCUUCCUAAAGCAAUGUUGCUUAUACAAUGACACAUUUGCAGGGCCAACAAAAUGUAAAAAAUAUUUCUUUCUUUUGUCUCUAUUCCUACUGAAGGCUGUGUGAUCCAAAUACUGGGAAAGUGCAGCCCCUAAAAAAUGUUUUAUCGUAUAAACUGAAUUAUUUAUUCAUUUUAAAGUAUACUUAAGUGUAUUCGCUUCUUUUGUUCAGGUAAUAUUUUAUUUCGUUGCAUUUCUUGUAUGUUGUAUAUUUUUAGUUAUAUAAUCGAAAGAGUUUAGAAAAGAUUUAAAAAUGAAUCACUGCAAUAAACAUGGCGUAGUGAUAAAAGAGCUUAGAUUAGGGGGCUCAGGUUAGAGGACUCAUUUUAGGGGGUUCAACCCUCUUUAUAAUGCCAAAAGGUGACCAUUGUUUUCUUAAUGCCCUUAAUAGCUCCUUUUUGAUAGCACCACAUUUAUUUUCAUAGCAUGAUAUAAAACGAGACAGAACAGUUGUAUCUUCCCAAGGAGUAAUAUUUUCUCGACCUGCCCUCACCCCCUCACUCCCUCACCACCCCUCACCCCCUUCCCCCCAUCGAUUCUCGCCCUUUAGCUUGAGUUUUGUUCAAGCUGUAUCAACUCGGUUAUGGAAGCUGUAUCUACCGUCAUGCAAUAGUCAUUACAGCACAAGAGAGGGGGGAAUACUCUAUUUUCCUGCCAAAUUUACUUCCCGCGCAAGAUAUUUUCCCGUUAGAUAUCUCCCCAAAUUUACUUUCCCCGUACGUAUGAAAUGGUAUUUAUCUAUCUUAUCUCAAGAAAUAUACAAACAAGUUCCAAUAAAUUCAACUGCUUGAGUUUGCACAUACUUUUCACCUAGUUUUUUUGAAUAAGCGCACCAUGUGUAUUGUGUAAGUCGUUAUUGAAAACGUGAAAUGACAGAGGGCCAAGUUCUGAUCCUUGAGAUACACCAUAGGUUGUCUUCAUUGAUUGUUAACUAUUGAUUUCUGUUAGGCAGAUAUGAUUUAAGGCAGAUUAAAACAUUUUCUUUCACUUUAUAAAUGCUUUAUUUAGCAAGCAUAUAACUUGUAUGUAAUUCCUCUUUAGAAACAUCUUUUUAUCACAUCAUAGUCACUCAAGUUUGUCUCGAACAUGAUGCAAAAACUCCUACACACACACAGAACUGCAAUCUUGGCCAAAAAUGCUAACACACAUGCAAAAAAAGAAGCUACUUACUAAUCACCCACCCCCCCCUUCCCCUUAAAUCAAUGUUGGGAUUGGAUUGGUAGCCAAUGUAGUAAUCCCCACUUAUUCCGUAACCAUCUUAACCAACAUUGACCCUGGGGGGAAGGGGGUUUAAGUCACCCAUGAAGAUAUAGCACGCGAAUUCCUUUUUUGUUCAAAUGUCUUAGCUAUUUUUGGCCAGGAGUGUGGUUUAGAGAAUUGUUUUUGUCAAUGGUUAAAAAGGUUUUGUUGACAAAAACAAAAACUAAGUUCACAACUUUCAACAAUCAAACAAAAUAGAUGAUAAUUUGCAUAGAUCUAGCACUUUGAAAGAGAUACCACAUCAAAGUUUUUGAAAAUCACAGUCUCAGCUACAAUCCCUGACAAAAUAUUUGGAACACUGACGUCAUUUUCCAAGGUCGAAAUUAAUUAUCCCUCUCCCCCCCCCCAGAAUAAUAGGGGUUCACUAUGAAACGGGCUAGGAUUUUAGGAAACACUUUCUUUUGCCCUUCUUUUAUGAUAUUUUUCUUAAUUAUCAAACAUGUUUCGGGGAAAGGAGUCCGGAAAUAGGAGCAUCCGGGAAAAGAAUUGAAAAAUACAAAAACACAACGCAAGUUGUUUGGUAUUUCAAGUACUUUUGGCAAUGAUUGUAAGUUACUAGCGUCGCAUUUUAGUACAUUCAGCUUCAGACAAAAUAUUGUCACAACCGGUGGCAAUCACAUUGCCCAAUUUAGGCCCGGUUCACGAUACCGGAUUCAAUUCAUACCGGAUUCGUUUUAUACCAGAUAGGCAUUCUGCUUAAACGUUGAGAAUCCAAUUCGAUAAGGUUUCGCUCCGCUUUCGGGGAGUUGAACCGCCUUGCUUCGAAAGUGGCAUGAACUGAAUCCGAUAUGCAUCGGAUUGAACAGAGUACACGUGUAAACGCUCGAAUCUGGUAUCAUGUGCUCCGCAACAUUCAGUUACAAAUUCUGUGAUCUCGACCCCCAAUUUGGUGCGCUUUUUCAACAACUUGUGGUUUCAUAAAAAGAAAAAGAAUGGCGGCUGAUAAAAUGAAGUUUUUUUUCACAAUGAUAGGUCCUGAAUGCAUUUUGCCUAUUACUAUACAUCUUAUUGCUCUGAUUUCAAGUUACUGUUUAUCUUUAAGAAGAGAGUGGGUUUGGAGAACACUUUCUUUGACUUAAACAAACUUUUCAAGCCAGCACCUCUUUCUUGACUUUUUUCCUUUCCCUACAAUUUUUCUCCGUUUCAGUGCACUCGCGUGGCAGGAGAUUUUUGGUGCGCUUCAAAUAGCAAAGCAGAGGCUCUGAAACAAAAGACUACAACUUCGUUGUUCUGAUUUUUGGCGUCAUCUAAAUUCUCAAACGUUGCUGUUGUUGCGAGUGGGUCAGAAGUUUUCCGGGUUUCGGGAUUUCCAUUAAUUCGCAGGUGGGUCAAAAGAUACCCGGGUUAAAACUGACCCUCUCUGAGACCCGUUUUCAAACUUAUUCGGGUUAGUGGGAACGCGACGCAUAA